UUCUCGCCGCCGGCAGCUGCGGGGCGGUGCUUCGUGUCGCUUCCGUUUCCGCUGCCCUUGCUGCCGGCAGGAGGUGAAGGGACCAAGAGACGCGAUGUGGCGGAACCUGCUGAGUAUUCGCCAGGUUUCCCGGAGGACCAUAAGCACUGCUUCGCGCAGGCCGCUGGAGAACAGAGUUCCUGAGAAGCAGAAGCUCUUCCAGGAGGAUAAUGGCCUCCCUGUGUAUCUUAAAGGUGGGAUCAUGGAUGGUCUGUUGUACAGAUUCACCAUGGGUUUGACAGUUUUUGAGGAUUUUCUGUUCAGUUACCAUAACAAUGAGUAA